AUCCUAAAAUUCACAAAUCACAACCAGCUUGAGAAUGCCAACGAUAUCUAAUCCACAUAGGAUCACCACCGCGCCACUGACUCGAUACGAAACCAGACUAGCUCACUGAAGCGGCAAUGGCGCUUCUAAACAUGGCGUCCUCGCUCCACUCAAUCUCGUCGUCUCGAUCCAACCUCUCUAUCUUCCAAUUCAAACUCCCGAGUCGCGCUCCUUCGACCCCAGCCGCGCUGGUGCGAAAGCGAAGCGGAGGGGGACGGAUCAGAUGGCUGGACCGACGGCGGUAUAGCGAAGCUCAAGCUUCUGCUGCUGCUCAGAGUAGCGGUUACGAUCCCAAGCGCGGCGUUGCCGUCUACAAACCAAAGUCCUACGAGGUGCUACUCACGGAUGCCGCCAAUUCUCUGGCAUUCGCAAUUCAGGACGGCAAGAAGAGAUUGGAAAUUGAGUUCCCGCCCUUGCCUAGCAACAUUUCUACAUACAAGGGAUCCUCAGAUGAUUUCAUCGAUGCCAAUAUUCAACUUGCAUUGACUGUCAUCAAGAAGCUCAAAGAGAAGGUGGAAAUGAGAGUUUGCGUUGUGUUCCCCGACAAGCCAGAAAAACGCAGGGCAUCUCAGCUUUUCCGAACGGCUAUCGACUCGAUUGAAGGUAUAACUGUUGGUUCACUUGAUGAUCUCCCGAGUGGUCCCGUAAACACUUUUUUUAGGUCUAUCAGGAGCACCUUAGAUUUUGAUUUUGAAGAUGAUAAUGAAGGUCGCUGGGAGUCAAAUGAGGCACCUUCGAUUUUUCUGUUUCUUAACUGUAGCACACGUGAAUUAUCUUCCAUAGAGAAGUAUGUGGAGAAAUUUGCUGCUGCGACACCAACAGUUUUGUUUAAUCUCGAACUUGAUACAUUACGUGCUGACUUGGGUCUCCUGGGGUUUCCAACAAAAGAUUUGCAUUAUCGUUUUCUAUCUCAAUUUGUUCCAGUCUUCUAUAUUCGAACUAGAGAUUACUCAAAGGUAAUGAUUUCUUCAUUAACUUAUUGUUUUAUGAUUUGAACUGGAAUAACCUGAUGUUGUUACUCAUCUAAGACAGUAGCAGUAGCACCGUACAUUGUCAACUACAGUGGCGCUCUCUUCCGCCAAUACCCUGGGCCAUGGCAGGUUAUGCUUAAACAGGGAGAUGGUUCUUAUGCUUGUGUAGCAGAGAGUAGUACACGCUUCACACUUGGGGAGACAAAAGAAGAACUGUUGAGGGUUCUGGGGCUUCAAGAGGAGCAGGGAAGCCAAUUGCAAUUUCUUCGUAGAGGCUAUAAGGUAACUAAAUGAUCAAGCCUCUGGAUGGGACAUGAGUUGUUUCUCUGGGAACAUUUGUAAUGGUACUGGAAUGACACAUUGCACGGUAGAAACGUUCACUGCUGCAACUUGGUGGGAAGAAGAUGUUGAUUUGGAAGCCUCUUCAGAAUGGCGAACUUGAUUAGCAGCUAGCCAGCAUAAGAUAUUCACUGGACAACUAUGACAGUGACUGAAGAAACAAAAAACGUCCCUUUCUGUAAGCAAGGUCAAGCGAAAGGGUAGUCGGAUAUUCAUUUUCAGUGUAGAGUUAAAACACUUGUUUUCCAUUCAUUGAUCCGCUACUCAUAUGAUCUGGUCUAUGAUGAAAGCUGAAAAGCAGGGGGCUUAUCUUCCCCUGAGAAUGUACAGGAUGCUUGGACUUCCAGAAAAUGCUACAAAAUUAUCUUUUGUGUUCUCAUUUCGUGCACAAUCAUACCGAACUUAACUCUAGUAAUGGUCAGCACUGUUUG